AUGUCGUUAAAUAACAAAUUAGUACCAGUUAGUGAUAUAUCUAUUGACGAAUUUUUAAAUAUAUUCUAUGAAUUAGAACAAAUUUUAUUAGAUAAUUCUGAUUGUGAUUUAAUUAUUCCAUAUAUUGAUCGACUUUCAACAAAAAUUUAUUUAGCUUAUGAAAAUAUUAAAGAUAAACAAUUAUCAAUAUUACUUGAUCUAUUAACUGAUCUACUAAUUAAAAUAAUGGAUAUACUUGAAAUUGUUGAUAGAUCACCAAUUAUUAUUCCACAUUUAAUUUCAUUUGUACAAUAUUUACCAAAAUUUAUUAAAAAUAUUAAUUUAAAUGAAGUAUUUUCAUCAAAUUCAAUAUUUACUGAUGAAUUACUUAAUUUUUAUUUAAAACUUCUUAAUUGUACAAGAAUAAAAAAUUAUUUAGAAUCUAUUGAACAACGAGAAAUACAUGAUCCAUUAUUAAAUACUAUAUUAAUAAUAAUUUUUAGUUGUUUUAUUUAUAUUAAACAAUUAUCAAUAAAUAUUCUUGAUUCAUCAAAAUUAACAAUUAAAUUAUUUAUUUCAUUUAUUGAUCAUGAUCAUUUACAAUCUGAAACAAGUACUAAUUUAUUACGUUUAUUAAAAGUUUUACAUAAAAGACCAGAUUUUACUACAAUAUUUAUUCAAAUGGGUUAUCCUCAAGCAUGUCUACGUUGGAUUUCUGAAUCAAAUUUAUCAUAUGAUAAUCAAUAUUAUAUUCUUAAUAUUUUAUAUAAUAUUUCUCGACAUAAUAAUGGUACACAAAUUUUAAAUGAACAAAAUGCAUUAGAAAUAUUACAUUUAUAUAAACAUCAAAUUUUUUUAAAAUCAUCAACAUUAUCACGAGAACAAUAUUCUGAUAUAGCUGUACUUUUUUGUAUGAUUUAUGCACUUUUACUUGAACCAGAUGAAUUAAAAAAAUCAUUAAAAACAUUAAAUGAAUUUUUAUAUAAUACAUUUGAUCGAUUAUUUCAAACAGUAGUUAAUGCUGCUAAUAAUGAAAAAUUUAAAUUCAAUUGUUUUCAUAUAUCUGAACCACUUACUGUAUUAACAAGAUUAUUUGUAAAUGAUGAAAUUGUUGAUUAUAUUUUAAAACAAAAUCUAGAAACAAAAUCAACUGUUGUAGAAUUUUUUUGUCAAUUAUUAUUUAAAUUUUAUAAUUUAACACGUGAUAGUAAUAAUAAAUCUGAUCAACUUACAUUAUUAUCUUUAUGUAAUCUACUAUGGAGUAUAUCAUUUCAAGAUAAAUAUAAAGAUGAAUUAAAAAAUAAUUCAGUAUUUAUGACUAUUAUUAAAUUAUUAACAAAUGAUAAUAUUGAUUUAACUACACAUGAAUAUAUGCCAAGACAUUUAUCAUCAAUUAGAAAAGCAACUGAAGGUUUAUUAUGGAAUUUAGAAGAUAAACCUUUACAUAUAGCGACACCGUUAAUUACUAAACAUCGCUCUCGUCCACUAGCCAUGAUUAGUUAUUCACAUGCAAAUAUUCUAUUUUGUAAAGAAUUAGUUGAGAAAAUACGUUCUAUGGAACAAUUUGAUAUUUGGGUUGAUUAUCUUAAUCAUGAGUUAACAAAUCAUACAUCAGUAACGCAUUCUGAUGAUAUUUGGGAAGAAAUUGCUGAGGCUAUAGAAAUUGCAUCGGUGAUCAUUCUGAUAGUGUCAAAAGAUUAUUAUGAUAGUAAAUCAUGUCGUCAAGAACUCAGCUAUGCUUGUGAUGUAUUGAAGAAACGUAUUAUUCCUAUUUAUCCAAAUACCGUUCAGAAAGAGUACAAAGCAACAGGUUGGUUGGGCAUUAGAACAGCUGGAUUAAAAUAUAUUCAUUUUGGAAGGAAAGAAUUUAAUACAGCCGUUGAAGAAUUAACUAAUACGGUGGGAGAUACAACAAACACAUCAAAAUAUGUAAUGCCACUACAACAGUCACAACCGAUAAUCCCUUACAACAGAAAACAAGAUAGAUCAUUGAAACAUUGGACAUUAGACGAUAUUUCACAUUGGUUUGAUGUCAAUCAUAUUCAUAUUGAUAUAAAAGAUUUAUAUACAUUUCAAACUAAAACAUCAUUGAUACUUUAUGCCGAGCAUUUGAAACUCUAUUAUACACAAGAAUAUGAACUACUCCUCAGUCGUUAUCAAGAAAAAUACGGAAAACAACUAGAGACGGAUAAAUUUAUCACGUUUGUAGAUGCUCUAUAUCGUCUUUAUGAUGAAGAUGCAGAUGACGUUAAGCCAUCCGAGAGUAAAACUGAAAUGACUUGGUUUUAA